UGAGCAGACACUGCUCUGCUUCCUGCCUGCUUCGCUCCCCUCCCCUCCGUGGCUGAGAGAAAGAAAAAAAAUAUCUCUGUCUAGGCAUGGGACUCUGGCUGCUGCAGAGCUCUGCAGCUCCUCCCAGGGAAUGACAACAGUUCACAUGGUCAUUAGCUCCAGACUCUGAAGCAGGGGAACUACUCCGAGGCACAGCAGCUGCACCUGGUGUCUCUUUGCUGUGGCUUAAAGAGAGAGGCACGACAGAGCUAUACAGGACUCAGCAAAAAACGAGAUCGUCGACAGAAAGUGCCUUGUCAGACAUCCCUACUUGAGCUGCCUGCCUGCACGUCACCUCCACCAAGCAUGCAACAUUCCCUCCCUCACUGUGACAGAAGAUAGCUCAACCUCAGCCCCUGCCCUACCAACUCAUCUUUAUCUGGCUCUGUCGCUGCGCUGCCUCAGAAACCCAAGCAGAAAUAUUUAACUGCAGCGGUUGGGGGAACUGGCUGGACUCUCUGCCAAAACAGAGUGCUGACUGACCCAUUCGGAGAAGUUUAGUCAAUACCCAACCCACCGUCUGCACAAAUUUAUAUUCUCGCCCAAGCAGUGCCAUCACCCUAGAAAUAGCACCAGUUUCAAUUAUCUUCCCCACCCCCUCCCCCUUUCUUCCCACUACCACCACAUUUGGACGGUCCGUCAGUCCACCCUGCCUCUGAGCAUGCCCCCGUUGACCUGUCAGUGGCCUGCACCUGGGACUAACUGAUUGACGAGCGACGUCUCUUGAUUGACAGCUUCUCUGAUAGCCGCCAUCUCCCAAGCUACGCCCACAUCCAGGUUGCAAGUCCACCAACUCUGCUGCUCUGAAGUCCGCAAGGGCAAACGACUUUCACUGACCCACACAACUUUUUUCGCUACACUUUUAGUCGUUUUUUUAGCACACUGAAGAGCCAUUAGAGUAUAGCCUCUCCUUAAACAAGUGGCUAGCUUUACCCCACCCCGGCAUUGCUAUGGCUUUAAAUAUUGCUUCGAUGCGAGACACAAAAUGGCUGACGCUGGAGGUGUGCCGACAGUUCCAGAGGGGGACAUGUUCGCGGAGUGACGAGGAAUGCAAAUUUGCGCACCCGCCCAAAAGCUGUCAGGUGGAGAACGGAAGGGUGAUUGCCUGCUUUGACUCGCUAAAGGGCCGAUGUACGCGGGAGAACUGCAAAUACCUCCACCCCCCGGCCCACCUGAAGACCCAGCUGGAGAUCAACGGCCGCAACAACCUCAUACAACAGAAGACUGCAGCAGCCAUGUUGGCUCAACAGAUGCCUUUCAUGUUCCCUGGCACGACCAUGCAGCCUACCAUGCAGUCGUUUCCUAUUAGCCAGGGGCUGGGCUCCAGCCCGGGGCUGAGCUACGCUCCCUACCUGACCCACAUGACCCACAGCAUGGGCAUGAUGCCCACCGAGAUGCUCCAGCCCAGCACCCAGAGUAUCAUCGUCCCCGGCAGCCCUCCCUGCUCCAUGCAGAGCUCCUCCUCCAACCAGAAGCUUCUACGCACGGACAAGCUGGAGGUGUGCCGGGAGUUCCAGCGGGGCAACUGCGCACGUGGCGAGACGGACUGCCGCUUCGCUCACCCCAGCGACAGCCCUAUGAUUGACACUAGUGACAACACAGUGACCGUGUGCAUGGACUACAUCAAGUCACGCUGCUCCCGGGAGAAGUGCAAGUACUUCCACCCGCCGGCCCACCUGCAGGCCAAGAUCAAGGCUGCGCAGCAUCAGGCCAACCAGACGGCCGUGGCCGCGCAAGCUGCUGCCAUGACUCAGUCGACUGCCAAAGCAAUGAAGCGACCCCUCGAGGCAACUGUAGAACUGGCUUUCCCCCACGGCUGCCUGCAGCCCCUACCAAAGAGACAAGCACUUGAGAAGAGCAACGGGGCCAGCUCGCUCUUUCACCCCAGUAUGUUGCACUACCAGCAGGCCUUGGCCAACGCACAGCUGCAACAGCAGACGGCUUUCUGUGGCUUUCCCACAGGGUCAGUCUUGUGCAUGACUCCAGCUAGCAGCCUUGUACCCAUGAUGUACAGUGCUACGCCUGCUACUAUCUCUGCAACAACAACUCCUGUCACAAGUGUCCCCUACGCAGCAGCAGCGCCAGCCAAUCAGAUCAUCCUGAAGUAACUGUCAGGAAGGAAAUGGAGUGUCAAGAAGCUGCACUACAAAGCCCAAAACAGCCCUUUUUCUGUACAUACUACCUUCCCCUUCAACAACCUGCAUGCUAAGAGUGUAAUACUACCAAUUAACCAUAAGACUUGAGUGCUGGUGUAAGAUGAUACACACAACAAAAAGAUGUAAAUGUAUUGCUAGGAAACUAUUGCCAUAAAAAUUAUGACAAAAAAGAAUAUGUACUGAACUACAUACACUUAGUGGAGAGAUGGCGAUGAGUUCAUUUUAACGAUUGUUUUCUCUGUUAAAGUAAUAUGGGUCCUUUUUUAUAUUUUGUUUUCAAAACAGAACCUCGAUCUGCACAAAUGUUCACCCUUUGAAAACACCUUAUUUGCACUACAAGAGAACUAGUGCUUAUUGUCAAAAGUGCUUCAUUGUUUUAAACAGGAGAGUCACAGAGAAGCCCCUGGUUGCAACUGGCGCUCCAGAUCAAGCUAGAAGGGAUUGUUUUACUUUUUGUUUGUUCUAAUUAUUUUAAAAAGACAAAUGUUAGGGAAGACGACAUGUUUACUCAAUGACUGUCCUCUUAAUGAUGGUUUGAACGUGUUCCCCCACCCCAUCACCACCACCCCUUUUAAAAUGGUGUGGUAUGCACUCCAUAUGAACCAUUUGCCAACAUUUAAUCUCUGGAAAACCAACGGCUUGCCAAACGAAAGUCAUCGCGACUGACAGACUAACGGACAGAAGCGAUCGGAGUCGAUCUGCAAGGGAACAGACGUGGAACAGCUUCGUGGCCAAAAUGUGCAGUCGGGCCUCGUUUUUGUGCACGUCUGGGGAAAAAAGAACCUAGAAUUUCUUCUCCUUCGUUAAAUUUCAGUUUUACUUUUGAUGGGUGCUGACAUUUGGGUUGUGUGAGUUUGGGUGGGAGCCUCAGAGGGGUCGGUGUUGGGGAGAGUUAUACUGGGCAUCAGGGAGUGCUACUAGCCUAUAUGGCCCCGGUUUGUGUGCCAAGGGCUUAACAAAAGCUGGCCGAAAGCAUAUGGUGGGAGAGAGCCUCAGCCUAAUGGGCCAAGCCAUGGAUUCUGCCAGCAGACUGGAACAGACCGACUCGACUGUAAGUCCACCAGAGGCCCCAAAGUCAAGACCACAGGGACGAGGCCUUUUGGGGAGUGGGGCUAGAAGGAGGGAUAAGGGUGAGAUCGGCGAGGGGUGAAACAAGUGCUACGACUCAAAAAGGUGCAUUCAAAGAUGCUAGUCAUCGUUGUGAGAUGACGUGAAGUCAUUGACUGGAGGGCUAUCUGUGACUGUCAGUCGUCACCCUGCUAUCACCGAGAAUCCUGUUUCUAUUUGAGAAAAACUGUAGAAGUGCCUAAAAAUCCUUUAACUUUAAAACAACAAGCAUCUGGAGAAACAUACUCUGUCAAAGAAAAAAUAAGAAUAUAUUAAAGGAUGGUUCAAGCAAAGUUCCCAAUAGUAUGUUGACCUAUUUAGAGAAAAGACUAUUCACUUUUCAUGCAGAUGCCAUGGUUAAAUCAGUACCCUAGUGUUAUUGUAAACAUAUAUUUAACACAACAAAAAAUAACUUUCUGAAUAGAAAAUAUAUAUAAACUAACCAAGAUAUCUUGGUAGAAUGUUUGUUAAACAUUUCAUGAUGUAAUAUUUUGUUCUUACCAUAGGUUUUUAGUAGUUUACAUUGAAAACAGUGAUUGAGAAUACAGGAAAUUGUGACUUGUGUAAUGUAUGUAACGUGUUUCUUACUUUGAGAGUUUAUAAUCAUGGUUGUAGCAGCAAUGUAUUCACAUUUAUUUCAAUUUGUUUUAUGAUGUUAAGCAUCAAAAUAAGUGUGUCACCAGAACAGUCUGUUAUUUUAUGCCAUGCUAUAGUUAAUUGUGUACUAGCAUUGUUUUAAACCAACCUCCACGUUAUUACCUAAUGGUUUAUGAGAUAUGUAUUUCGACUCUCAAUCACAUUUCUCGACACUACACAACCAAUUAUUUUCCUUGUGUUCAACAAAAAGGAUCAGAAUCAUGACAUAUUUUCAUGGCGCUUGAUCAACAGACAAUCCACAACGAGACACCUUUGGUUCAAAAAUAAUAAGGCACUGGUCUUAGUAUUUCGUUUUUUGUUUAUUUUUGUUCACUUUCACUGAGAUUUUCUUCUAAAAGGUUACAGUUUUAAUGUAAUUUUUGGUGGAAGGUGAACGAAGGUAUUUUUUGGUAACUUAUCGUAUUUUAAUGUUUUGUCAAAUGAGUCAGAAUGAUGUAACCUAUUCUAUUUUGAAAUGAAUGUAAUUUAUUGCGCUGUGCAUACCUACAAGGUCGUGUCUCUUUGGUCAGCCAAUGAGAUGCAGAUCAGAAGCAAGGGGGUGGAGUCUUAAAAAGCCACCAAUAGAAAGCUACUGGAUCUCCCUUGUCUUGUCGUCAACACAGUUCAUCGCAUUACAGUAAUGAACAAGGCUUUAGAAUUGCUUAUUGUUCAACAAAAAAAAAGAAAAUAAGAAUGUUAAUUGUAUAGGUGAAAUUUUACCAAAAAAAAGAUUUAAAUAUGUACUUUUCACUCUAGUAUUUCAUAAUAUUAAGUUGUUGCUGUGGCAACAAAGUUGCAAUUACUAAAGUUCUGUAUUUUUGUAAAUUAUGUAAUCAUUAAGUUGACUUUUUUUUCUAGAACACUGCACACAUCACUAGAUUGUAAAGCAGAUUUCAACAUGUCUUAUUUGUCGUGAUUAUGACAAUUUUCCUUAGCAGCCUCUGUAAAGGUGUAACUUUAACACUUAAGAUGUAAUAGACAGAGUUACCAAUGUUAUUUAGGAUGAAAUUAUAACAAAUUAUCUAUUAAUUGAAUAGUUAAGAUGUACAACUUUUCCCCUGAGAAAGGACCACUGGUUUCAUGCACACCAAUGGAAAAAUAUUUAUGAAUGUAGUUUGUUAAAUUGUUUAUCAUCAGUUAAGGAUUGCACUUCUUCCGGUAAAGUAAAACAUUUCAUUAUUACCGAUGCCAUACCUAAUGAAAUUUGCGAAUUUACUAUACACCAGUAAUUCUGUAUAAUAGUCACUACCUGUUUGUAUCAGAGAAAUAACCUUUGAGCAUCUUGCAUGGGAAAAAGUUUUUAUUAAUAAACAAUAAUUUACUGAAUGUUUCUAGUUAUACCGAAAAACACAAAAGAUAGUCUGCACAUGAGACAAAAAUCCAAGUUGUUCUUGGAUUAAAAUGAAAAAUAUAUAAGCACUUGGGUCAGCUGAGCAGACAGCUUAUCCAAACACUUUGCCUUAUCGUUAGUCCAUCGUGCUUAAGGUUUUAUGUUCCAGAGCUGUUAAAAAUAAACUUUUAAAGGCUAUAAACUAGUCUCUACUGAAGACUUUUGCGUUUUAUAUAUAUAUAUACACACACACACACACAAAGUUUGCGGUAACUUAGAAGUGUCCUUGUUUUUGAAAGAAAAAAAAGUGGGAGGCCCCGGUGUACAACUGAGAAAGAGGACAAGUACAUUCGUGUCUAGUUUGAAAAACCGACGCCUCACAAGUCCUCAACUGGCAGCUUCAUUAAAUAGAACCCACAAAACACCAGUCUCAACGUCACCAGUUUUAAAGGCGACUCUGGGAUGCUGGUCUUAUAGGCAGAGUUCCUCUGUCCAGUGUCUGUGUUCUUUUGCCCAUCUUAAUCUUUUCUUUUUAUUGGCCAGUCUGAGAUAUGGAUUUUUCUUUGCAACUCUGCCUAGAAGGCCAGCAUUCCGGAGUUGCCUCUUCACUGUUGACGGUAAGACGGGGUUUUUGCGGGUACUAUUUAAUGAAUCAAUUUAAUGAUCAAUUUUAUGUUAUUUUAAUGGACAAAAAUGUGUUUUUCUUUCAAAAACAAGGACAUUUCUAAGACCCCAAACUUUUGAACGGUUGUGUGUGUGUGUAUAUAAAAAAGUAAAAACUUAAAACUAUAUUUUUAUUUAUACACAUAAAUUAAAUAUCGUUUUAAGUUUAGUAUUUUUUGGCGUUUUUAAAAGGUGAGGCCAAAAGGAUCAACUGCUGUACAAAAAGCAGUUGUGUCCUAAAGCCCCAUUCGAAUACUUUAAUAACACACCCUUCCUUCCUUACUUUCUGAUCUAACACAAUUUGUUAAAUUUAAGCAACAGUUCUAUCAUAUUGCUUUCUCUAAUCCAGCCAUGGCAGAUUAGGUAUUUCUUCAAGGAAGGGGGAAAGCAGUGAUGCAUUUUGUUAAAGUAUUGGAACAGGGCCCUAUUCUGUCCUUGUAGAGAGCUUGACAAUGAGGGUUGUGGCCAUCAUGUCAUGCUGAAUGGUCCCGAAAAGGACUGCAGCCAGGGUCGUAUUCACAAGGAAGCAAAUGUGCUGAGACGGGAAGGGGCUAACUGAACUUGUCCAAUAAGAAACGCUUGUUUUUGUUUAAUGUUGCAAAAUGUUUAGCUACGGUGUUCACUAUUGAAUAUUACCCAGGUAAUGAAUUGAGACUGCUUUGUCAUCAGAAAUGCAGUACUACUUUACUUUUCUCUACUUUUAAAUGCAGUAUCUACUUUACAAAAAAUAUAUAUAGAGAAAAAGACAAGACUCAUUGGAUUAUUAGUUUUGAUGUAACCAUUUUUCUGUUUUCUUUGUGCGUAUAGUUUGUGCUAUUUUAUGUUACAGCAAGAUAGUGUAAAAUCUAUUGAAAUAAAGAAAGAAAAAAUGGAAA